AUCUGACAGAGCUGGGCUGGACUGAGGACGGGAGACGGGCGAGUCUCUGCUGCUGCUGUCGUGUUUGUGUUGUUUUGUCGCUUUUUAUUCGUUUUCUAAACCUUUGAGAUGCUCGGCGUGUCCCGAGGGUCCCUGCGAGGCCGCCUACUCGAGCUGCCCGUCCUGUCCUGCCUGGUUUAAGCUAGAAGACCAGACGACCCCCAUCUCCACUCACUUCAUUGCUCCAAGAUGUUUGACACCAGAGGGAUUCCCUUCGUGCUGCUGGACCUCGCCUGCCUCCUGCUCGCUGGUCUUCCUCUGGCGGCCUUUAACCUGGGUAAAAUAAAGCCUUAUCAGAGGGGCUUUUUCUGUAACGAUGAGAGCAUCAGUUACCCCUUUAACUCCAGCACCGUCUCCUCCACUGUGCUCUACACUGUGGGCUUCACACUGCCCAUCUGCAGUAUGGUCAUUGGAGAGUGCCUUUCAGUUUAUCUAAACCGCCUCAAAUCAAAGUCUUCUUUCAACAACAGUUAUGUUGCCUGUGUUUAUAAAGCGGUUGGCACCUUCUUGUUUGGUGCCGCAAUGAGCCAAUCCCUCACAGACAUUGCCAAAUACUCCAUCGGCCGGCUGCGGCCGCACUUCCUGGACGUCUGCAAACCUGACUGGAAGCUGAUCAACUGCUCAAGUGGAGCAUACAUCGAGAACUUCACCUGCACCGGGGACAAAACCAUGGUCAAUGAGGGCAGGUUGUCUUUCUACUCUGGCCACUCCUCUUUCUCAAUGUACUGCAUGCUGUUCCUGGCACUUUAUCUCCAGGCUCGCAUGCAGGCUGAAUGGGCCAGGCUCCUGCGACCCACAAUCCAGUUCUUCCUGAUCGCUGCCUCUGUGUACACGGGACUGUCCCGUGUGUCUGACUACAAACACCACUGGAGCGACGUCCUCACAGGCCUCAUUCAGGGGGCAAUCAUGGCCAUACUGGUGGUGUUCUUCGUGUCAGAAUUCUUCAAGAAGCCUGUGGAACCGCAGAAAGAAGCUGCUAUCCCACAUACCACCCUGCAGGAGACCCCCACCAAUGGAAAUCACUACGACAGCCCAAACUGAAGCUGCUCGGACCCUUCGUCAUGCGUUUUUUUUUUUUGGCAUGUGCCUACUAAAGGGCGGACCACUGGGGUGGAAACCUGUGAAUGUAGACCCCCUGCUUACUGCAGAGCUGUGUGUUUGUGUGUUUAUGACUCAGCUCCUUAUGGACGACGUCUCAUGAUGCCUUGCCUGGGCCGCUAAUGCUGCUACCACCGCUUCCUGUGUAUGACCCCAAAGCUAACCUCUACUUCUCUGAAAAUUAAAAAAAAAAGCUACUUUUUUAUUUGUAUGAUGAGAAUAAUCACUAUACAGAUUUUUUUAAUUAAAAAUUAUGUUAAAAGAGUAUGUACAAAAAAAAUUAUGCUUGAACACAAAUAAAACUCACUCAUCUCCA